GUUGCGGCCGUCUCCUUCUGAAAACCUGUCACGGAUGUCAAAAAAAUAGUGUCCGACCAUCGGAGCUCCUAGUGGCUACUCGCCAGAGUUCAUCGUUGGUUGAGGAGUAUCGGAGACAUGGGCGGAUUAUAUAUAGGGUCAGGAGGGGCUUUGGCCCCCCUGAUAUUUGGGUUAGAAAUAGUAAAUAUAUCUUCAAAAUUUUUAAUUAUAGGCCUGUUAGUGUAGAAAUUGGGCUGUAGCCCCUCCUAAUUUCAGUCCGAUUUCCAAACCUAGCGACAAGAAGUCAAAAUCUUUUCGUAUCUUACCAUGUUACCCAGUUCCUCCACCAUCGUCACUAGUCGCUACCUCCUUACCUUACUCAGUCGCUGGCCGUUGCCAUUCACCACCGCAAUAACAGUCACCGAAAAUCAGAGAAAAUCAAAGUGUACAUGGGACCCCACGAUGGGUUGUAUUGUUAAAAAACUUCAUACGACAUUGGAGUGUCGGUCGCCAGCCCAACUGAAGAAAAUUAGUUAUAUGUUCAAGCUCCGCCCCUGAUUGGAGAAGCAUUUCGUCGACGAUGCUCAUCGAUUGCAUCACCUGUUGAAGGAAGUCGGGUUAUUGGAAACCGCCGACUGAGAGUAGUCUGAUGCUCAUACAGUUUUCCGAUGUUGAAGCUUCAGCUUCCAGAGGGUCGUCAUUUGAGAGGAGUAAUGGAACAACAUGUGAUGAUCGGUGUUUCCUUUUGGUUCCCAAUGUUGGUGGCGACGGGUAUUAAAACUGCUGUCGCCGGGGAUCGUCAUGUUGAGGGAGUUACAGACGGUGACCGAUGAGUGGAGAUGGUAGGCCGUUGAUGAUUUGGAUUAUGUCGGCAGCAUCGAUGGGUAAGGAAGAAACAAGGGCGAUACUUGUCGCCGUCAAUGCUUCUUCUGAGUUUGCAGACGAACAGUGGUGAGAUGCUACACCUGAUAUGGAGGCUGCUGGCGACUUGUGAUGGUUGGGUCGUAUCGUCGGCGGCGAUGUGUGAAGAGGUGGAUCAGAGCAGCAUUUCGCUGGUGUAGCUAUUCUAGUGCGUUGUUGAGAUGUAUGGACCCACAUUCUUUGAUGGUCUAGCUGUUUCUUUUGUGUUAGAUGAUAAGAGGAAAAGGAUAAUCCCUUUUAUAUUUUUAUGUAUCAUUUGUACAUAUUGAGCUGUAAGCUGUUAUUUUUGAGGUUUUUACUAGGAAACACAGACCAUUUUCUAUUCUUUUUUUUACGAAGAAGUAAAAUGUAAAUAGGUAGGGUAAAUUUUUGAAUGGUCUUCAAAAAUACCUCAUGUAUCUUGCUGAUAGAAUACACAAAUUUUUUUCUUUUUUC